AUGAGCACAACAUAUGACCGAAAACGUCUAGAUCCUGAUAUGGAUUCAACAAGUGAUACUUUAACCCCAGAAUAUUAUUCCACAGAGCAAUCUGGAAUAGAAACAUCUUCAAAUUACAAAAAAGACAGCGAAUCAGGUUUGUAUUAUGACGAAGAAGAAGAUUACGAGGAAGACUAUUAUGAAGAAGAAGACUAUGAUGAAGAACCUUUAAAUGAAAAUAUCAUACAACCACAGACAAUCGAAUUUGAUGAAGUCCAAAUUUUAGCAGUAAAUAUAUUUAACUACGCUGCUCGUAUUGCUGGGCCAGGCAACCCAGUUACAGAAGAACAUAUUCAAAAAGCCAAAAAAAUUCUUUUUAAUAAUGAUGAAAGUCAAAAAUAG